UUCUAUAAGAUUGGGUUUAAUGGGUCCACUUGAGACAUUAUGUGAACAAGACAAGGGUUCAUCUUGCAUUGCCUCAUUAGUCUUCAGUCUUCACCAUCCUAGCAUCCUCACCUCACAAAUAUAACACACCAUCACAAACAAACAAAAGCAUAAAUGUUGCUGCUACUUACCUUCCAUAUUUAACUCUCCUUCACGUUCACAAAUAUUAUACCUCCUAUUUAACUUUUAUUCUAGACUCUCUUCUUCUCAUUCUCAAGUUUCCCCGGCCACUGAAUUUAGAAAAAAAAUGCUUCAUCAAGAAGAUUCAGUGACGGAUCCUCCCAUCACGAAGAGCCCCCAACUGUUGGAUGAUCAUGAAGAUGGAGGAGAUGAUGGAGAAAGGAUAAGAUCAUCUUGGGUUCAAAAAGUGAUCAACUUAGAAGAAUCCAAGGCUCAAAUCAUUUACGCUCUGCCAGUGAUAUUCACAAAUCUCUUCAUCUAUUGCAUCCCUUUAACAUCUGUGAUGUUUGCUUCUCACCUUGGCCAACUCGAGCUCGCUGGUGCAACACUCGCCAAUUCAUGGGCCACCGUCACCGGUGUUACCUUCAUGAUAGGGUUAAGUGGAGCACUUGAGACAUUAUGUGGACAAGGCUUUGGUGCAAAAAACUACAGAAUGUUGGGGCUUCAUCUACAGUCAUCUUGCAUUGUUUCAUUAGUCUUCGCUAUAUUCAUCUCCAUCUUCUGGUUCUACACAGAAUCCGUUCUCCGACUUGUCGGACAAGAUCCUAACAUAUCAAAACAAGCUGCCCUGUAUAUGAAAUACCAAGCUCCCGGUUUACUUGCUUGCGGGUUCUUACAAAACAUUCUGAGAUUUUGCCAAACACAAUCAAUCGUUACUCCUUUAGUCAUCUUCUCGAUUGUUCCCUUGGUGAUUAAUAUCGGUAUCGCAUACGUUCUGGUCUAUAUAGCUGGCCUUGGAUUCAUUGGUGCUUCAAUAGCUACAUCUAUUUCAACGUGGAUAGCUUUUCUUUCUCUGGGAACUUAUGUGAUAUGUUCAGUCAAGUUUAAGGAAACAUGGACAGGAUUUUCGUUGGAGUCAUUCCGUUAUGUAAUAAUAAACUUGAAAUUAAGCCUCCUUUCUGUUGCUAUGGUAUGUUUGGAAUAUUGGGCGUUCGAGAUUCUUGUGUUAUUGGCAGGAUUGAUGCCGAAUCCAGAAAUCACCACAUCUUUGGUAGCUAUAUGUGUCAACACGGAAGCGGUUAGCUACAUGUUAACAUGCGGCCUUAGCGCAGCUGCAAGUACGCGUGUGUCCAACGAGCUUGGAGCAGGAAAUGUAAAAGGCGCAAAAAAGGCGACUUCUGUUACCGUUAAGUUGUCUUUAGUUCUUGCCCUCGGCCUAGUUGUUGCUUUACUUGUAGGUCACGAUGGUUGGGUUGGGUUAUUCAGCAGUAGUCAUGUGAUCAAAAAAGAGUUUACAUCAUUGAGGUUCUUUCUUGCUGCCACUAUAACUCUUGAUACAGUCCAAAGUGUUCUAUCAGGAGUGGCCAGAGGAUGCGGAUGGCAACGUGUAGUCACACUUAUAAAUCUGGGAACUUUCUACCUAAUUGGAAUGCCUAUUGCAGCCUUUUGUGGUUUUAAGUUGAAGUUGUAUGCCAAGGGUUUGUGGAUUGGUAUGGUAAGUGGGAUAUUUUGCCAAUGUUCAUCACUCUUGCUUAUGACAAUUUUCCGGAAGUGGAAAAAGCUAGAUACUCCGGUCUGAAGAUUUAUGUCGUUGUGGACAAGAUUAACAAUAUUAUUGUUUUUUACUAUUUUUGAAGUUUCUUUUUUCAAAAUUUUCUCUGUUCCGGAUAAUUUUUUCGGCUAGACAUUUAAUAAAAAUGUAUAUUUUUUUAAAAAAAAUUGGAGCAUAUAUACCA